CCUCCCCUGCCGUAUUUCCUCCGUUCGUCUCGAGAGCAAGACUUCUACUGCUCUGUGAGCACAAAAUCUCAGAAUCGCUCGCAGCCACUGUUUCCAUUGUUCUGCCUUUUGUUAUAAUUAGAAGAGGAGAAACGAAAAUUCAAAGCGAGUAGUGAGGAUGAGUAGAGGGAGCGGAGGAGGAUACGAUCGUCACAUCACUAUCUUUUCGCCCGAGGGUCGUCUCUUUCAAGUCGAAUAUGCUUUUAAGGCUGUCAAGGCUUCUGGGAUCACCUCUAUUGGUGUACGAGGAAAGGACUCUGUAUGUGUUGUGACGCAAAAGAAGGUCCCGGACAAGCUUUUGGAUCAGACAAGUGUCACACAUCUUUUCCCCAUUACAAAGUUCCUUGGGUUACUAGCCACUGGCCUGACAGCUGAUGCAAGGACCUUGGUUCAACAGGCAAGGAAUGAAGCAGCUGAGUUUCGCUUCAAAUUUGGAUAUGAGAUGCCCGUGGAUGUAUUGGCUAGAUGGAUUGCUGACAAGUCACAAGUCUAUACUCAACAUGCUUAUAUGAGACCACUUGGAGUUGUUGCCAUGGUAUUGGGUGUUGACGAUGAAGAAGGGGCUCAGCUUUAUAAAUGCGAUCCAGCUGGCCAUUUCUUUGGCCACAAGGCGACUAGUGCUGGUGUGAAAGAGCAAGAAGCAAUUAACUUCUUAGAGAAGAAAAUGAAAAAUGAUCCGGCAUUUUCUUAUGAGGAGACAGUACAGACGGCAAUUUCUGCCUUGCAGUCAGUUCUGCAAGAGGAUUUUAAGGCCACUGAGAUUGAGGUUGGAGUUGUGAGGAAGGAGAACCCAGUCUUCAGAGUGUUGUCUACGGAGGAAAUUGAUGAGCACUUGACUGUUAUAAGCGAGCGAGACUGAAGGCUGAGCCGUGGUAGAAGACGCGAAGAAUCCGUGCAUGUGUCAGCAUUCCUAAUGUCAGCCUGCAGGGUUGAUUGUGCCUUUUAUUUUAGAUGACUGUUGUAUGAGAUUUAACGAGUAUUUCGCAAUUUUAAAUUUGAAUCAACAUUGAACCGUAUUUUUUUUAAACUUGUCCUUUGUUUAGCAAAUGGACUGAUAAGUUUACUCCUUAUGGUGGGUUGGUGACAUGAUUUCACGAUUAUGUCGAGAAUUGAGCAUAGGCUUGCUUCUUGCAGUGAAAUCAUCCGGUUAUUAAUAUAAUGUAGUUUAUUAGAAAAAAAA